ACGCUGCUACAAGGCUGUGUCUUGUGAAGCUAAACUUUAGCUAAACGGAGAAAACACAGAGAUUUAAAAAGAGUUUGAGCUUAUUAUGUUACUAUUUAGACUUCGUAUAUCUGCUGGAGAUGUCGCCACACAAAGAUGUAAAGUUUCCACCUUUAACUCCGUCACAAAAACAAAGACUUACAUAUGACAAUAAUCUGCAAAGUGACACAGUCCAGACAUCAGAGGAAGGACGAGAAGGACAAAGUUCUAUUUCUGUCCAGACCUCUGCUACGAGAAAACUGUGCUGGACAGGGAGCAGCUAUAUUUAUGCAGGUGCGGACAGAAAACCUCAACUCCUGGUGCAGCUGGAGGCCUUUCUGAACAAGGAGCUGCAUAAUAUCAGCCCGAGCGAGCCAAAAUUUCAGGAACUAAAACUGCAGGUUUACCGCAACGUCUUCGGUUGUUUCAUCCAAGCGUUCAAAACUUACCAACCCCUUCUGUCUGCCAUCAAAAAGGAAUAUGACAACAUGUUAGUGCUUCAACAGGAUCAGAUCCGUGACCUGGAACCUCUACGAUCCCAUCUGAGGCUGCUGACGGAGGAAUGUGACCGGAAGAUUCAGGCUCGAUGGGGAGAAGAACAGGCCGAGAUCAGAGUUUUGAAAAGCGAGAAGCAGCAACUGCAGAAGGACAUCGAGGUCAUGAGGGAGAAAGAAAAGGCCACGCAGACGGUGGUGGACCACCUGCAGGCCGAACUAUCCAGCCAGUAUCUACAGUACCGGGAGGAGCGAGAUGCCCGGAAGUUACUGAUCUGGCAGCUCAAUGACCUGACGAGAGUUUCUGAGAAGAAGCAGCAUCCUGCAGAUGAAAAUUCAGAAUGGAAGGACCGUGUGGAGCUGAAACUCGCUCUCAAAGUGUGUCGGGAAGAUCUGACUAAGACUCAGGAGGAGCUCAGCAGGAUGAAGGCCGACUACUGGGAUGUUGUACCGAGACGGAACUGGGACAAACUGGAACGAGAACACAAAGAUUCUCUGCUGCAGUUGAAGACGCUGCAGAGUGAUUUUGACCAACUGAAGACUGAGUUUGACGUCCUGCUGGAGCUCCACAACAGAAGCAACGUGAGGAAUCACGUCUCCACCGCUGUGCAGACGGAUGAGAGUGUGUUUCAAGGACAAAGCCAGAUUCAGUCCAGCCAACCAGUCGAGCCGAUCACCUCCGAUGCCCCUGAAAGUGGCACACAUACUGUCGGCGAGUCGAGGGACGGCCUGGGGAAAGCCAGGUCAGAUGAGGGAACGGAUGAACAUGUGGCCUCGACUCGAAGCAGACAGCAGCAGCAGCAGUGACGCCAUUUACUCUCAGAGACUCCACCGUGUGGCUCAGAGCAGCAAAGGCCUCGAAUCUUGAUGUAAUUCAAACAGCAUGAUUCAUAUCUGGCAGCCGGUGAACAUGUUGAAUUAAACAUUAGAGACUGUGGUCGCCUUGUAAAGGAACAAAUUAGGGUCAUGAGUGUUGUAGCUGCGUAUCACCUCGUCUGUAUGUGUGAAAACUACAUUUAAAUCUGUAACUGUGUUAAAAGAAAACAUUUCAAUCUCAUGAAUUGAGAUAUUUGAAAUUCAGAUUUUGAAUCUGUGAGGAGAUCUGUAGCUGUGCAUGACAUGUUGAGAAGAAAUGAUAAAGAUUUACACAAAUCAUGUGCAAAGGAAUAAAGGAAAAAAUAUAAAGGAAA